GCGCCCCCGACCGCGGGCCGCCCCUGCACCGCCCUCCCUGGCGGGGGUUCGUCUGCCGCCUGCGGGGCGGGCGGCGCGGCGGUGACAGCGCGGCGGCGGCGAGGCCGGGGGGAGCGGGAGCGCCGCCGCCGAGGACCAUGAGGAAAUUUAACAUCAGGAAGGUGCUGGACGGCCUGACGGCGGUCUCUGCCGUCGCCUCGGCGUCGUCCGCCGCGCAGCAGCAGCAGGCGGGGAACCGGGAGACCGAAAUCCAGGAGACGCUCCAGUCCGAGCACUUCCAGCUCUGCAAGACUGUACGCCACGGUUUCCCCUAUCAACCUUCAGCCUUGGCAUUUGAUCCGGUUCAGAAAAUACUGGCCAUUGGGACUCAGACUGGAGCACUAAGGCUCUUUGGUCGGCCAGGAGUUGAAUGCUACUGUCAACAUGACAGUGGAGCUGCAGUAAUCCAACUUCAGUUCCUGAUUAAUGAGGGAGCUCUUGUGAGUGCCUUGGCUGAUGACACCUUACACCUGUGGAACUUGCGCCAGAAGAGGCCGGCUAUUCUUCAUUCACUCAAAUUUAACCGGGAACGGAUAACAUUUUGUCACCUGCCUUUCCAAAGCAAAUGGCUAUAUGUGGGCACUGAAAGAGGAAACAUUCACAUUGUCAAUGUGGAAUCAUUUACUCUCUCAGGCUAUGUCAUCAUGUGGAAUAAAGCCAUUGAACUGUCAUCCAAAUCUCACCCAGGACCUGUUGUCCACAUUAGUGACAAUCCAAUGGAUGAAGGAAAGCUUCUGAUUGGCUUUGAAUCUGGGACGGUGGUAUUAUGGGACCUGAAGUCAAAGAAGGCAGAUUACAGAUAUACACAUGAUGAGGCUAUCCACUCUGUGGCUUGGCAUCAUGAAGGAAAACAAUUCAUUUGUAGUCACUCAGAUGGUACCUUGACCAUAUGGAAUGUAAAAUCUCCUACCAAACCAUUCCAGACAAUCACUCCACACGGAAAGCAGCUGAAGGAUGGAAAGAAGCCAGAACCCUGCAAACCUAUUCUUAAGGUGGAAUAUAAAACAACUAGAGCUGGGGAGCCUUUCAUCAUUCUCUCAGGAGGCUUGUCAUAUGACACUGUAGGAAGAAGACCCUGUUUAACAGUCAUGCAUGGGAAAAGUACUGCUGUGCUAGAAAUGGAUUAUUCUAUUGUUGAUUUUCUAACCCUGUGUGAAACACCAUAUCCUAAUGACUUUCAGGAGCCGUAUGCUGUAGUUGUUCUCCUAGAAAAGGAUUUAGUACUGAUUGACCUUGCACAAAAUGGGUAUCCUAUAUUUGAGAAUCCCUAUCCUUUGACUAUACAUGAGUCUCCAGUUACCUGUUGUGAAUAUUUUGCUGAUUGUCCAGUGGAUCUCAUACCUGCACUCUAUUCAGUUGGUGCUCGACAGAAACGUCAAGGUUACAGUAAGAAGGAAUGGCCUAUCAGUGGAGGCAACUGGGGUGUGAUCACUCAGAGCUAUUCUGAGAUAAUUAUUACAGGGCAUGCUGAUGGAUCAAUCAAGUUUUGGGAUGCAUCAGCAAUAACGCUGCAAGUACUCUAUAAGCUAAAAACAGCCAAAGUAUUUGAAAAAUCACGGAAUAAAGAUGACAGGCCAAACACAGAUAUAGUAGAUGAAGAUCCAUACGCUAUUCAGAUCAUCUCAUGGUGUCCAGAAAGUAGAAUGCUGUGCAUAGCUGGAGUUUCUGCACAUGUCAUUAUUUAUAGGUUCAGCAAGCAGGAAGUGACGACAGAAGUCAUUCCGAUGCUGGAAGUACGUCUCCUAUAUGAAAUAAAUGAUGUUGAAACGCCAGAUGGUGAGCAGGUGCCACCUGUACCAACUCCAGGCACAGGUUCCAAUCCCCAAUCCAUUGUUCCCCAGUCUCAUCCAUCUACUAGUAGCAGUUCAUCUGAUGGACUUCGUGAUAAUGUCCCAUGUUUAAAAGUUAAAAAUUCUCCUCUCAAGCAGUCUCCAGGCUACCAAAUUGAGCUUGUUAUCCAGCUGGUGUGGGUGAGUGGAGAACCUCCUCAACAGAUAACCAGCUUAGCCAUCAACUCAGCAUAUGGCCUAGUAGUUUUUGGAAACUGUAAUGGUAUUGCCAUGGUUGAUUACCUCCAGAAGACCGUGCUCUUGAAUCUAGGCACUAUUGAACUGUAUGGCUCCAAUGAUCCCUACCGCAGGGAGCCACGAUCUCCCCGAAAAACUCGGCAACCAUCUGGAGGUAUACUGACUGUGGCUUCUUGCAUGUGCGGCCUUUCUAACUUAUAUUCAGAGUCUGUGAAAAAGCUUCGCACCUCUUAUAUAACAGGUCUUUGUGAUAUAAAUGAAGGUACAGUGGUGCCAGAAGACCGCUGCAAGUCACCCACGUCAGGUUCUGGUUCACCUAACAAUUCUGAUGAUGAACAAAAAAUGAAUAAUUUUAUAGAAAAGGUGAAGACCAAAAGCAGAAAGUUUUCCAAGAUGGUAACCAAUGACAUAGCAAAGAUGUCCAGGAAGCUAAGUUUGCCUACUGAGUUAAAGCCUGAUUUAGAUGUCAAAGACAACUCUUUCAGUCGAUCCCGGAGUUCUAGUGUAACUAGCAUUGAUAAAGAGUCCCGCGAGGCAAUUUCAGCUCUUCAUUUUUGUGAGACUUUCACAAGAAAGGCUGACACAUCGCCUUCCCCUUGCCUGUGGGUUGGCACCACGCUGGGUACAGUGCUUGUCGUUGUACUGAACUUACCCCCAGGAGGAGAGCAAAGACUUCUUCAGCCAGUAAUUGUUUCUCCUAGUGGAACCAUCCUGAGGUUAAAAGGGGCAAUCUUGAGAAUGGCUUUUUUGGACACCACAGGAUCUUUGGUCCCACCAGCACAUGAAACCUGGAGAGAACACUAUGAAGAUAAAGAUGAAAAAGCGAAAAAGCGACGACCUGUCUCAGUGUCCCCUUCUUCCUCUCAGGAAAUCAGUGAAAACCAAUAUGCAGUGAUAUGUUCAGAAAAGCAAGCAAAAGUUAUCUCACUGCCAUCCCAGAACUGUAUUUAUAAGCAAAAUAUAACAGAGACUUCUUUUGUUCUUCGUGGAGACAUAGUGUCGUUGAGUAACAGUAUCUGCCUUGCAUGUUUUUGUGCCAAUGGACAUAUUAUGACUUUUAGUUUGCCAAGUUUAAGGCCAUUGUUGGAUGUGUAUUACCUGCCACUCACCAAUAUGCGGAUAGCCAGAACGUUCUGCUUCACUGAUAAUGGACAAGCACUCUAUCUUGUCUCACCAACUGAAAUACAGAGGCUCACCUACAGCCAAGAAACAUGUGAAAAUCUUCAGGAAAUGUUGGGUGAGCUCUUCACUCUUGUAGAAACACCAGAAGCACCAAACAGGGGUUUCUUCAAAGGCCUGUUUGGAGGUGGGGCACAGUCACUUGACAGAGAAGAACUCUUUGGAGAAUCAGCAUCUGGGAAGGCAUCAAGGAGUCUUGCCCAGCAUAUUCCAGGACCUGGGGGUAUCGAAGGUGUCAAAGGAGCAGCAUCUGGUGUAGUUGGUGAACUGGCACGAGCCCGGUUAGCACUGGAUGAAAGAGGACAGAAACUGGGAGAACUGGAAGAAAAAACUGCAGCUAUGCUUUACAGUGCUGAUUCUUUCUCAAAACACGCUCAUGAGAUGAUGUUGAAGUACAAAGACAAGAAGUGGUACCAAUUCUGAUGACACUCAUCAAUCACAUCUGUUUAAUUUUGUCCUGAUGAAAAAAAUCUUGUAUUUUCAUUAAUUUUGGCAGGACCACUGAAAUUUAAAGGAGUAUUCACCAUUGGAUACUGUUGUUUCCUAGCACAAAUGACACACUGUUUUACCUCAGUCCUGGCUUUAACUGAGGAGCUUUAUAUCUAAGAAACACACAUACAAAGAAAGAAACUUGAGUGUUUCCUAGCUGUUGGUUAGCAUAAAGUUGGAACAGAGAAGGUAACUGGAACAUGGGAAAAAGAGAGUAAAGGGAAAUCAUGGUGAGAUGGGCAGGGGCAAUGCAGGGUCAAUCCUGUGUUGGUAUUUCAUAUGCCAAACGUUUUUGUGCUAUUGUAAUUGCUGCCAGUGUUAUACCCUCCUGUAAGGAGAGGCAAUAAAUCAGGGGUCCAAGAGCUGGAAUCAAGCUGUUUGUCUUGCUGGACAGUAGCUGACUUACAAUUACCCUCUCUAGGACUUGCUAUAUUUGCCAUUAUUGUUGAAGAAGAGUUGAAGUUUCCUGUCAUUUCUUUCAUUUAAAAAGCUGGAAGCUUGGAAGAUUUCUUAUUGAAAAUUGUAUACAUAGUUGACCUGUGCAUAGUCUUUUCUUGGACCCCUGAUCUAGUAUUCUUGUAUUCACAUCAUAUUCUGUGACGUGCAAAACAAAAGAAUACAUAAUUUUUGCAUUAAAAAGUCAAGUGAAUAAUAUGACUGGAAUGUGUCAUGCUGGGAGUUUUCGUUUGUGUUAUGGCCGUGCAAUGUGAAAUGUGGUAACAUCUUCCUUGUGGUAAGAAUUCUUCAACUUCUGUUCAGUUAAAUAUUAUUUUUGCCAAAAACAGUUAUUGGUUCAGGUUGUGUAACAUUUAGAGUUGGCUGUGGGUUCCAUUCAUGCUGUGAGUUUUUAUAAAUGUUUAACAGAAUGUAUCUUUACAGCCAUUAAUUAAAAUAUCUGGGAUACUUUUGCUCAAGACUUAGGUUCUAGAUGCCCCUUUAGUCCUUUACUAUGAAAUCAGAUAACCUUGGACUCAGGUUUUCAAACUUUUACACACCAUGGAGGUGCUGAUGCAUGAAUAAUGGCAAGCAAGCAUCUAAUACUUAAUAAUUGUCAGUAUGUUGUUUAGCGAAGUUCUGCCGAUAGUGCUAUUUUACAAGUACCUGUCUCAGCCCCAUGCAGCACUAAAGGCACUUGUCCUAAAGUUUGGAUUUAAUCUCUGAAGCAGUGUUUUCAUUGUAAGCAGUGGUAAAGUGUGCAUAAAAACUUCAGGAAUUGCUGAAAUAAUGUUUCAUUUGGGUGAGGUAAAUAAUACAGCUAAGCUAACUUGUUAAUGGCUACUGCACUAAAGCUAUAUCAGAGUGAUUGACCAGGGCUCUAUUUAAAAAAGAAGAUUCCUUAAAAUAAAUGCUUUAAUUUCAAAAAUUCUUUUAGGCCUUUUUCCUUAGGCCUAAGAAUAGUUAUUGACUGGUUUUGUUUUAUAAAAGGGAGUACUUAGAAGCUGAUAGGUCUACAUUGUCUGAAAUUAAUCACUUAGGUUUGCUUCUCCAAGCAUUGCAUUUUGUGUACUUUUUUCACAAACUUUCUGAAUGUUCCCGAAGCAAAACCUUGGUUAUAUUUAUAUUGUGAAGUGAUGUUGCAUAUAAGGCAACCUUACAAAACACCUCAAGUAUGCAAAAUAUUGAAGUUACUUAUGAUUCUUAAAUCACUUUUCAAAUGAGAGGCAAAUACAUCUGGGCUUUGAAGCACAACUGAUACAUUUUCUCACUUUAGGUAGAACAACAUUUUAAAAAGACAGUUGAAUUGUGUUGCCAGUAAAAGGGCAUGCUCUACUAUGCCCACUGCUCAAAGGACUUAAAAAAUGAGAAUAUGACAAUUCAAACAAGCAGUAUUAUGAUUUCUUGAUAGCUCUGUCCCAUAGCUACUCUGUCCCAUAGCAAUGUUUACUUGAGUUACUUAACUCAGUUUGCCAUGCAAUGUUAAUUUUUUUUUUUUAGUGUCAAAUUUAGUGCCCAUUUAACACCCUUUUGUGAGACAUCCAGGUAGAAGAAAACGAGAUAAACUACUACCCAUACCACAUGCAAAAAAACCCACCCUAGAUGACACUUGUCCCCUUCCUUGUCUCACAUUUCUAAAUUCAUUUGACUCAUUAUUAUUUGACCUGCUGAAGAUAAAGUACAUUUCAGGGCAACAGAAUCCUGGGGAAUUAAUCUGGUCAGGCUCGUGGGGGAGAGGAUUGCAAAAGUAUUCUUCAACAAAUUAUGGUAUCAUUCAAUGGAAGAUGAUCUUGGCUUGAAAGGAAAGCAUACUUCGUCAUCAAGAUGCAUUUGAUAACCACCAGCAAGCAAAAUAAUAAGAGGCAAUGAGAGACCAUCUGGCCAUACCAGAAGAUUAGUGGCUUAUUUGGUAUUACAGAAUCUAUCGUAGUUGAAUCUCUUCUGGUGCUUAUGUUCAGGGCAUGCUACUAGAUAGGAGGACUAAUGACAUGGUUUCUCAUGAGAUACAUACACAAAUGGUUCUUGGUUAAUAAAAGGGGCUAUGUAAAAUUUUAGUCUAAAAUGUUACUUUUUCCUUCUCAGUGGAAGGAAGGCUAUCACACACACAUCAUUGCAUCUUACUGUGCUAUUGGUGGUGCACCUUUUGUACAGCAAAGUGUAUUGAAAUCCUUGCAGGGAAGCACCCCUGUUUUUUUCACUAGCAAUUUAGUUGUGUGACAUUUUUAGAGUGUCUGGAAAACUAUAAAAUACAAUUGAGCUAUUACUUUUUUUUUAAUGAAAGUAAGAAACUACCUGCUGCUACCUAUCUGUUUAUAUGUAGUGUGUCUCAUUAGGAACUGUAAAAUGAAGAAGCUUUUCUUCACCUUAGUCCUGCCAAAUCGUAACUUUUGAAUCCUGGUAUGUGUAAAUAUGUGUGUAUUCCAAAUCAAUCUGAAAGUGUUAUACCACAGGAAUCUCCAGUAAUUUGUUCUUCAGCAGUCAGUUAUAAAGUAGAAUAAUAUA